AGUGGCAACCACCGCUGGACUGGGCAUAGGGCAUGGCGGGCAUAUGCCCGGUGGCCUGAAGCCUUUUAUUUAUUUUUUUAUUCAUGCCAAACUCGCGUCUAACGUAGCAGGCCACGUUAACUUCAAUGCAGGCCACAUUAACGUCAAUUCAAGUUAAUGCAAGUUAAACUGGCAGAUCUGCCCUUUAUCAUGAUUGAUUGAAGCCUGGGCCAAUGAGGUGAGGGGCAGGCCAAUUUCGCCUACCCCUCCAUCUCAGUUGGUGACUUGGUUGGUUAGCCACUGCUAGCAGGAAGAUCGAAAACGGGCAAUAUGGACCCUAGUUGGAAGAAAAGAAAGGGUGGCGCUGAAAGAGCCAGGGACCAGAAAAAAGCAGCCCUUCAGGCAGAUGCUACGAAAUGCCUAAACAUAGCUGAUAUGUUUGCUGCUCGUGGACAUGGAGCCUCCACAUCUGCAGCAGCAGCAUCAACAGGUAGUGGAGGAGAAGAUGCUCGACAGCAGGUGGACGAGGCGGCCAUGACGAUGUUGACAGACGCCUCACAGCAGGAGACCGUGGCCAGUGUAGACACUGUGGAGAGUGUCGAUACUGGGGAUCAGCCCUUGCCCUCCUCCACUUCUGACGCUGGGACACAAUGUUUUUUGAAGCCCCCCCGAUGGUCUCACGGCUCAUUGGCAGCAGUCAAGUUGGAGAACAUAAUGAUGAGGGCUGCCUUGCUGAAAGAUGUUCGUCAGCUGUCUCCACAGCACCAGACCUUCUCCCUUGAGGCUUACCACUCCCUCAUCUUGCACUUCGCGCCCAAGCACACAGGGUUUUCAUACCUUGGGAUGUAUAGCAGGCUUCUCUUAGCGGCGCUGCAUUAUAAUCACAAUGCCAAUCGCGAGACAGCACGGAGAAGUGACGGGACAGAGAAGUACUGCGUGCGGUAUCCGCGCUUCAGAAAAGGUGCCCAUGUGGUGCGUCCCAUCAAAGAGGCAGCCUCAUACGGUUAUGCAACAUCAUUAAUGAAGGCCCUUCGGGAGAGCUACGCCAAUUCACCCGCGGUUCUUCGAGAGGUUGGCGCCAAUCUGUCCUCCGAUGCACCCGCCCCCAUCGCCAAAUCCUUCGAACAGAUUCCUAAGGAGGAGGCCAUCAGCCUCUACCUAGCCCGGCAGUCACGCUUCAAGAAAACCUAAUUUCACAUUAUUAUUUUUUUCCACGGACAAGUCCAAUGAUUUAGUUGUUAUUUGCAUGAAAUUUCUUUGCAUGUAAUUCAAAAUAAUUUGGUAAUCAUUUUACCUGUGCCUUGUCAACCUCUGUGUGCGGUGUUGUCUGGGCUCACUGUGUGUCUGCUUGAUGUGCUUUUGCAUGUAUCGCUGCAUGUAUCACUGCAUGAAAUAGUGUGUGUGUGUGUGAGAGAAAGAGAACCAUCCACUGACCCUCGGGUAUGACUACACUAUUGCAGAAUUAAUUAGAAUUAGAAUUAAACAUUGCGGGUCUAGCCCUUCAUCAGUGUUCCUUGUAUGUUUUGUGCCUAACCAUUUUUUUAUAUAGAUUUAAUUCCAACCUGUGUCUUUGUUCAGUAACCAUUACAAGCAAUGCCAAUCAACUUUUUUUUAUCCAAAAUGCAUGUGUUCUGUGUACUUUAUAAAAUUUUAAGGGCAAUUGAAUGAUCACAACAGAAUAAGCAUAACUAUUAUUUUUAUUCAUUUUAAUCCAAACAAGGCCAUUGAAAGCCCUGAUAGGUCUGGUCACCAUUCUGGAAUUGCUGUCUGAUGGUUGAAACCACACAAGAGGGUAGAGGCUUCCUUAUACUCCUCCCUAAAACGCCAUAAGCCCAGCGUAUAGCUUGCCUGUACGCAGUGUACCGGUAUUGCCUAGGGAUAAGUAGGAAAGAUUCUUAAGUUUAAAACUGUAAGUAGGUUGGAAACGUCAUUUUAAGCCUGUUUCUUAUGCAUGUUUAUUGUGUAUGCAACACAUCUCCUGUCACCUAUAACUGUUGGUUCAAAUGACUCAGUGUAAAAAGAUUUGUAAAGUAAACAUAAACCAUGAACAUA